AUGAUUUGGUCUCAGCAUAAUCUGCUUCUCGGUAAAUAUCUGAGUCCCCUGACCCCAUCUCCAUCCCUCUCUGUCCUCCAUCCCUCCCUCUCUCUCUCUCUCUCUGUCCUCCAUCCCUCCCUCUCUCUCUCUCUCUCUGUCCUCCAUCCCUCCCUCUCUCUCUCUCUGUCCUCCAUCCCUCCAUCUCUCUCUCUCUCUGUCCUCCAUCCCCCAUCCAUCUCUCUCUCUGUCCUCCAUCCCUCCAUCUCUCUCUCUCUCUGUCCUCCAUCCCCUCCAUCUCUCUCUCUCUCCUGUCCUCCUCUCUCUCUGUCCUCAUCCCUCCCUCCCCUCUCUGUCCUCCAUCCAUACCUCCCCCUCUCUGUCCUCCAUCCAUACCUCCCCCACUCUGUCCUCUCUCUCUUUCUCUGUGUCCUCUCUCUCUCUGUCCUCUCUCUCUCUCUCUCUCUGUCUCUCUCUCUCUCUCUCUGUGUCAUCUCUCUCUCUCUCUCUGUGUCAUCUCUCUCUCUCUCUCUGUGUCAUCUCUCUCUCUCUCUCUCUCUCUGUGUCCGCCACCCUGGUCUCCCUGUAAACCUCUCAAUCCAUCUAUUAGUGUCGCAGGAGUGA